AUGCCGAAUCCGUCUCAGCUCUUUCUCCUUGCAGAUCACAUCAAACUAUCCCUCCUAGAACGACAACGUGCCAUUUCGCUAGACCUAGAACCCAACAGCCAGGACGGCGAGAUCUCCCGUUCCUUAGAAUCCCUACGCGACGGCAUCGAGGCCGUCGAGGCGGAAUGUUCUAGACUCGAGAAUGCCAACGACGAAGAAGCCCCAGAAAUGCGCGACCAGCUGGGCCAUCUCCAAUCCCAGCUCCGCGACCUCUCGACCCAGUUCCAUGGCCACGAUAGCCCCGAAGCCUCCGCCGAUGAACAGCCACAAUUCACCAACGUCCAGAAUUCCUCGCCGGACUUGAAACAACCCAUUCCGCAGCACCCACCGUCCAAGUCGGUGCGUUUCAUGGACUCGGCCGCCGAAGAAGAGGACCUGAACCGUCGCCAUCUGUUCCAGCCGUAUCGCGACUCGCCGUCCCCGUCGGGCGUGGACCAGUCGGAAAUGUCCAACCAGCAGAUCCACGAUCAUCAUUCUGACGUGAUGCGCGAACAAGAUGAGCAGUUGGAUCGCCUGGGAGAGUCCAUUGGACGGCAACAUCAACUCAGCAUUCAGAUCGGGGAUGAGCUGGAAGGCCAUGUGGCACUACUGGACGAUAUGGAUGGACAUGUCGAGAGGCAUCAGGGCCGGUUGAAUGGCGCCAGGCGACGGCUCGACAAGAUCCGAAGAAGUGCCGGUGACAAUUGGAGUAUGAUGACCAUCAUCGGGUUGAUCAUCGUCCUGGUCAUCCUGAUCGUCCUGUUGAAGUGA